UAAUAAUAAUAAUAAUCUGGGUUGUCCCCUUUCGGCCCUGACUCUUCUGGUUCUGCUCGGCCUUCAUCAAGUCCUGGUCUUCCUCGUCUUCCUCCCGGAUCUCCCUGCGCGCUCCCGCGGGGCCUGGCACGCUGCAGCGCAGCCCCGCUGCCCUGCGCGCUCCCGUGGAGCGGCAGCAGCUCAGACCUCCAGCCCGCCGGAGACUCUCCGUCCGCCGCCUGGAUCCCGGACUUCCAGCCGCUUUCUGCGCUCCGCCUGCCGGACUGUGGGGAGUAAUUCAGCGGGAAGGACAGGGAAGGUUCCCGGCUUCCUGUUUCUGCAGCUUUGGUUGAAGUUUGGACCGUUUUUCCCAGAACUGGAGCCAUGAGGCAGGACCGGGGGGCCAGCCGGAGCGCCGCCGGCGGCAGCGGGAGCAGCUAGCGGCCUGCAGGGAGCAGCGGGGCGGCCAGAGCCCCGGAGCCUCCAUGCGGGAUCACACUCUCACUUUAUCCCACUUUCACACUCUCCUCCCGGCUUAACGCGCCCCUCCGGAGCCUCUCCCCCCGGCACUGCGAGUUUCCUCGGCGGACAUGGAGCCUGACUUGGUACCGGCGGACCCGGACUCCCUCCAGGGCGGAUUGGGUCUCCUGGAUCCGCUGGUGGACCGGAUCCUGGGGGACUCCGUGUCCCAGCAGCAGGGAUGGCUCCGGGUUUACGACGUGAAGGGCCCGCCGGCCCACCGUUUCUCGUGCGGUCAGAGCCCGUACUCGGACGGCGCCGCCUGGGAGCGGAGGUUCUGCAUCCUGACGGACAGCCAGCUCAUCCUGCUCAACAAGGACGAGGAGGCCGCGGACCCCCAGGAUUCCCAGGCCGACCCCUCCAGGGCCCGGAGUCUCCGCCGCACCGUCAGCGUCCCGUCAGAGGGACAGUUCCCAGAGUUUCAGCCAGAGGGCGCUGCCAUGCUGGAAGUGUCUUCGGAGCGUUCUCCGAGGAGGAGGAGCAUUUCUGGUUUGGGCAGCUCAGAGAAGAACCUCGCGGUCGACAAUCCCAACUCUUCUCCUUUCAAAGUGCCGAACUUCUUCAGCAAACGUCUGAAAGGUUCCAUCAAGAGAACCAAGAGCCAGACCAAACUGGACCGGAACACCAGCUUCAGACUGCCGUCGCUGCGGCCCGCCGACCCGGACAGGGCCCGCGGGCUGCCCCGGCUGAAGGAGGCGGUUUCCCAUGAGUCCUUGCUGAGCCCCAGCGGCGCCGAGGCUCUGGACCUCAGCAUGGAGGACGACGUGUUCAUCAAGCCUCUGCACAGCAGCGUCCUGGGCCAGGAGUUCUGCUUCGAGGUGACCUACGCCGGAGGCAGCAAGUGCUUCAGCUGCACCUCGGCCUCGGAGCGCGACAAGUGGAUGGAGAACCUGAGGAGAACCGUCCAGCCCAACAAGGACAACUGCCGGCGGGCGGAGAACCUGCUGCGCCUGUGGAUCAUCGAGGCCAAAGACCUGGCGCCGAAGAAGCGGUACUUCUGCGAGCUGUGCCUGGACGACGUCCUGUACGCCCGGACCACCAGCAAGGCCCGGUUGGACAGCCUGUUCUGGGGCGAGCACUUCGACUUCUGCAGCCUGCCCACCGUGCGCAGCAUCACCGUGCACAUCUACCGCGACGGCGACAAGAAGAAGAAGAAGGACAAGAACAACUACGUGGGCCUGGUGAACAUCCCGGUGGCCGGCGUGACGGGCCGCCAGUUCGUGGAGAAGUGGUACCCGGUCAGCACGCCCACCGCCAGCAAGGCCAAGGGCGGCGGCCCGUCCAUCCGGAUCAAGUCCCGCUUCCAGACCAUCUCCAUCCUGCCCAUGGAGCAGUACAAGGAGUUCGCCGAGUUCGUCACCAACCACUACGGCAUGCUGUGCUCCGUGCUGGAACCCGUCAUCAGCGUCCGCAACAAGGAGGAGAUGGCGUGCGCCCUGGUGCACAUCCUGCAGAGCACGGGCCGGGCCAAGGACUUCCUGACCGACCUGGUGAUGUCAGAGGUGGACCGCUGCGCCGACCACGACGUGCUGAUCUUCAGGGAGAACACGCUGGCCACCAAGGCCAUCGAGGAGUUCCUGAAGCUGGUGGGCCAGAAGUACCUCCACGACGCCCUGGGGGAGUUCAUCAAGGCUCUGUACGAGUCGGACGAGAACUGCGAAGUGGACCCGAGCCGAUGUUCCGGAACCGACCUGUCGGACCAUCAGAGCAACCUGAAGAUGUGCUGCGAGCUCGCCUUCUGCAAGAUCAUCAACUCCUACUGCGUUUUCCCUCGGGAGCUGAAGGAAGUGUUUGCGUCGUGGAAGCAGCAGUGUGCGGCCCGCGGCCAUCCUCAUGACAUCAGCAAGCGUCUGAUCAGCGCCUCGCUCUUCCUGCGCUUCCUGUGUCCCGCCAUCAUGUCGCCGUCGCUCUUCAACCUGAUGCAGGAGUAUCCCGACGACCGGACCUCCAGGACGCUCACGCUCAUCGCCAAGGUCAUCCAGAACCUCGCCAACUUCACCAACAGGUUCGGGAACAAGGAGGAGUACAUGGCCUUCAUGAACGACUUCCUGGAGCACGAGUGGGCCGGGAUGAUGCGUUUCCUGUCGGAGAUCUCCAACCCGGAGACUCUGUCCAACACGCCGGGCUUCGAGGGUUACAUCGACCUGGGCCGCGAGCUGUCGGUGCUGCACGCCCUGCUGUGGGAGGUCGUCUCCCAGCUCGACAAGGGUGAAAAUUCAUUCCUGCAGGCCACCGUAGCUAAGCUGGGCCCGCUGCCGAGGAUUCUGGGAGACAUCUCCCGCUGUCUGUCGGCGCCCACGCCCGUCCAGCAGCAGCUGAGGCGUUUCCAGGACAACAGCCCCGCCCACAACUCCAGCGGCAGCGUGUCGUCGGGACUGCAGCGCAUCUUUGAGGACCCCGCCGACAGCCGCAGCCUUCAGUCUCCGGUCGCUGAGCAGGCCGAGGCUUACGGUCGCAGCCAGCGCCCCCUGCUGGCUCAGCAGCAUCCCUCUGCCCACACCGGCUUCUCGGAUCAGGAGGAGCCGGACGGCCCGCUGCCCAACGGCCGCAGCGUCUCUCUGGUGGACCUCCAGGACUCUCAGAGCCUCCGUGGCCCCAAAGGGCCCCCAGCGCCCCACGAGGCCCCUCCCCGCCUCAGUAGGGCAGGCUCCCAGGCCUCUGUGGGCCCCGCCCCGCCCCCAGUGACUUACCCCCACUCCAACCCAGUGACCCCUCAGCCGGCGACGCACCAAUCCAAAGCCCCGCCCAGAGACGGCCAGCCGCAGAGCGCGCCGCAGGUGAGGCGUCCGCUGCCGCCGUCGCUGGUCCAGCAGCGCAGCCUGCAGCCGCUGUCCUUCCAGAACCCCGUCUACCACCUGAGCAACGCCGCCCACAGCCUGGCCACUCGCUCCGCCCACUCCCUGCACGACUCCAGCUCCGACAACCUGAGCACCGAGAGCUCGCGCAACAGCUGCAGCGACUCCGACGACUUCGGCAGCCAGGUGGGGGGCAAAGGUCGCGUGGCGUCCAACAGCAGCCUGGACGAGGUCGGCAGCAGGCGGAGCACCCAGAGCGAAGAGUGCUCCACCCCACGCCGCCACCCGCCGCCCGACCUGCCGCUGGGCGCCGCCACCGCUGUUGCCAUCCCCCGCCAGACCGCCACGGCGGGCACCGCCCACAUCGUCAAGGUUGAGCAGCAGAGCCGCGGAGGAGGCGGGGCCAGGACGCCGCGCUCUCAGCCUCAGAGCUCUUCGCUGCGAAGCAGCAGCAGCACCAACACCGAGCCGACGCCCUCCACCCGCCAGCCGUCCACCAGCGCCCUGGAGAACCUGACUCCGCCCUCCAGGAGCGCCGCCAAGCCGUCGCCUCAGGUGGGAACCCCAGUGGAGGCGGCGGCCAUGUCUCCGGUGGAGAGAACGGCGGCGUGGGUCCUGAACAACGGCCAGUAUGAGGAGGAGGAGGGAGGAGAGACGAGCAGAGAGGAAGGCCGGAACACGGAGAAGUACGAGCUGGAGAUCUCCCGGCUGAAGGAGCGUCUGCGCGUGUCGGGUCGCCGUCUGGAGGAGUACGAGCGGCGACUGCUGGCUCAGGAGCAGCAGAUGCAGAAGCUCCUGCUGGAAUAUAAGAACCGCCUGGAGGACAGCGAGGAGCGUCUGCGCAGGCAGCAGGAGGAGAAGGACUGCCAGAUGAAGAGCAUCAUCUGCAGGCUGAUGGCGGUGGAGGAGGAGCUGAAGAGGGACCACGCAGAGAUGCAGGCGGUGAUCGAAGCCAAGCAGAAGAUCAUCGACGCUCAGGAGAAGCGGAUCGACUCCCUGGACGCGGCGAACUCUCGGCUGAUGGCGGCGCUGACGCAGGUGAAGGAGCGUUACAGCGCGCCCAGCGUCCGCAACGGCCUGUCGCCGAGCAACCCCACCAAGCUGUCCAUCACUGAGAACGGGGAGUUCAAGAACAGCAGCUGCUGAUUGGCCCACGCAGAUCCAGAGGCGGAGCCUGCGAUUGACUCCGCCCACCGUUCUGUGACACUCUGUGGACGUUUAAAGAGACAGAACCGAUUUCUGGUGUAAAUACUGAAGGCUGAGCUGAUUGUUGUACAGAAAGUGUGUGUGCGUGUGUGUGUGUGUGUGUGUGUGUGUGGGUGUGUGUGUGUGUGUGUGUGUGUGUGUGUGUGUGUGUGUGUGUGUGUGUGUGUGUGUGUGUGUGUGGGGUUGUGUGUGUGUGUGUGUGUGUAUAUGUGUGUGUUUGGAGGUUUGCGGCGCCACAGAAGCACAGUGAGAAAGAAACGAACCAAAAACAGAAUCUGAACGUUUUCUAACCGACUUUUUUAUGGUUUUUAUUUGAAGCUUCUAGUUUUUGUUGUUAAGUUUGAAGCUUUGAGGUUUUUUUUUUCCUGAUUUAAUGUUUCUGACUGAAUUUAGUUUUUUACCUGACGAGUUGUUGUGGGCUUUAAUUUAUUCCUCCUUGUUCUCGUCCCGUUGCUGAUCUACUGAACAGACCUCUGAAGGACCAGGGUCAAAGGUCACACCUGUCUGCUGUCCUAUGUUGAGAAUAAAACUGUCUGAAAGCA